UUGAACAGGAAUUAAAGCACUGAGCAAUCGCAGUGUUCGUCAGUCCCCUGUUUGACCACCGUCACAUUGGUGCCGUGACCCGGAUCACUUGGUUAGCGUCAGCUGACCGCCGGAGUGAGUUUAGAGGGGUGAAUGUAACCGGUGUGAAUCGGUGAAACUCACUCCUCAGGUAUGUAGCAGGCCACCCGUGUCAACGAAUAGCUAGCUUUUCUUUUGGCGUAUCUGGUAGUGGUUGCACUUGGGAUGUCAGAGGUGGCAGGUUUGACUCCCGGUGGGAGUGAACAUUGGCCCGAUACCUCUGACGGAGCGAGACCACGUCUGUUACAUGUGCUGGCCCUAAACAGUAGGUCUGGUCGAGUACAAACAGGCGGAGUGUGUGGAUGAAACACUCUCGACUCCAUCUACUGGUCAAGUGAGUUGGAAUCUGCCAUCAUGCCUUCAGUUGUCCAUGUCAUUGUGGUUGGUGCUGGGAGCCGUGGGAAGACAUACUCAGAUUUUGCCACCUUCCAUCCCGAACGGAUGCAGGUUGUUGGAGUGGCUGAUCCCAGGAAAUUUGCAAGAGAGAUACUUCAAAAGCAGCACAACAUUGCAAAUGAAAAUAUAUUUGAAGAUUGGCACAAUAUAGUACAGAGAGAAAAGUUUGCAGAUGCUGUGUUUAUUUGCACUCCAGACCGUCUUCAUAAGGACCCAGCAGUGGCACUCGCAACAAAAGGCUAUCAUGUUUUAUUGGAGAAACCCAUGGCUGUGUCUACUGAGGAUUGCACAGAGAUUGUGGAGACAUGCAUUCAGAGUGGAGUUAUGCUCACUGUAUGCCAUGUUCUUCGAUAUGACCCAGUGAUCCGCAAAAUAAAAGAGCUGAUUGACAGUGGAGUUAUUGGUGAGGUGAUCCAUAUCCAACACCUAGAACCGGUGGGAUUCUACCACUUUGCCCACUCUUUUGUUCGAGGGAACUGGAGGAAUGAAGCUGAAAGCUCCUUUGCCCUUUUGGCUAAAUGCUGCCAUGACAUUGACCUAAUACAUCACUGGGCUGGAGGACGCAGGUGUUUGAAAGCAUCGUCAUUUGGAUCUCUCAGCCACUUCCGCAAAGAAUGCAAGCCACCAGGUGCGGGAGAUCGCUGCCUACACUGUCCUGUGGAGGGAGACUGUUCAUAUUCUGCUCGUAAGAUCUACUUGGACAGAGUUAAGCAGGGUCAUACGGGUUGGCCGGUGUCUGUAAUAUGCCCCAGCUCUCUCCCAGACAUUGAAUCUGUGACAGAUGCCUUAAAGACAGGGCCUUAUGGACGCUGUGUAUAUGAAUGUGAUAAUGACGUUUGCACCAACCAAGUUGUAAACAUGGAGUUUGACGGUGGUCUUACAGCAUCCUUCUCCAUGGUGGCAUUUACAGAGGAGAUAUGUCAGCGAAGAACAACCAUUUAUGGUAGCAAGGGGGAGCUCUCUUACAAUGGUAAUGAGAUUAGAGUGUUUGACUUUCUGACUCAAAGAGCCACAAAGCACAAAUCCAAUGUCCCAGGGCACUUCGGUAUGGGUGGUCAUAGCGGGGCUGACUAUCACUUGGUAGAUGCCUUCAUCUCUGCUGUGGCGAGUGGAGAUGCAUCCUUGAUCCGUUCAGGUCCAAGGGAGACUUUGCGAAGCCACAAACUGGUUUUUGAAGCAGAACGCGCCCGUUUGGAAAGCAAGGUGGUGUUCUGUGAGACUGACCCAUGAGUAGAGGAAUAGACAAGGUGAAAUGCAGACAGUAAAUCAUCAUGAUUAUAAUCAACGACAAUGAUUCCCAUCCCCACUUGACCAAUCUGAAUAUUCUCAGGAUAAAUGCACUUUAUUGGUUUAAUGUAGACCAUGUUAUAUUUAAAUGUGAAUACAUAUAAAAGUAACAUUCUGUCAUCUAAUUCAUUGAAAAAUAUAGUUUUUGAUGCCUCAAUGAAAAAUAUGGCAAUUUA